AUGCUCCACCAGAUCACUGGUCAGGCCAAGAAGCAUCCUAGCUUGAUCCCCCUCUUUGUAUUUAUUAGAGUGGGAGGUACUGGAGCAGCAUUGUAUGUCUUGCAACUGGAAUUGUUCAAUCCAGAUGUCAACUGGGACAGAAAGAAUAACCCAGGGAGUUCCCUGGCAAAUAACCCAGAACCCUGGAACAAACUGGGUCCCAAUGAUCAAUACAAGUUCUACUCAGUGAAUGUCGAUUACAGCAAACUGAAGAAAGAAGUUCCAGACUUCUAAAUGAAAUGUUUCACUAUAAUGCUUCUUCGAAUGAAGGUCUUCCAGAAGCCAUCUGCACAAUUUUCCACUUAACCAGGAAAUA